CAGUGUGGGAAGAGCUUCAGGUUCCUGAGUGGUCUCAAAGUACACCAGCGCAUUCACACUGGGGAGAAACCGUAUCAGUGCUCACAGUGUGGGAAGAGCUUUAAUGACCAAAGUCAUCUCAAAGUUCACCAGCGCAUUCACACCGGAGAGAAACCAUAUCAGUGCUCACAGUGUGAGAAGAGUUUUAAUCGCCAGAGUCAUCUCAAAGUACACCAGCGCAUUCACACUGGAGAGAAACCGUAUCAGUGCUCACAGUGUGAGAAGAGUUUUAAUCGCCAGAGUUAUCUCAAAAUACAUCAGCGCAUUCACACUGGAGAGAAACCGUAUCAGUGCUCACAGUGUGGGAAGAGUUUCAAUUAUCAGAGUAAUUACAAAAUGCACCAGCGCAUUCACACUGGAGAGAAACCAUAUCAGUGCUCACAGUGUGAGAAGAGUUUUACUUAUCAGAGUGAUCUCAAAACACACCAGCACAUUCAUACCGGAGAGAAACCCUAUCAGUGCUCAGAGUGUGGAAAGAGUUUUAAUAAACAGAUUCAUCUCAAAGAACACCAGCGCAUUCACACCGGAGAGAAACCGUAUCAGUGCUCACAGUGUGAAAAGAGUUUUAAUAGACAGAGUGAGUUCAAAAUACACCAGCGUAUUCACACUGGAGAGAAACCAUAUCAGUGCUCACAAUGUGGGAAGAGUUUUGAUCGAUGGAGUAAUCUUAAAAAUCACCAGCGCAUUCACACUGGGGAGAAACCGUAUCAGUGCUCACAGUGUGGGAAGAGUUUUAAUCAACAGAGUAAUCUUAAAAUACACCAGCGCAUUCACACCGGAGAGAGACCGUAUCAGUGCUCAGAGUGUGGAAAGAUAUUCUUGUUCCUGAGUGGUCUCAAAGUACACCAGCGCAUUCACACUGGUGAGAAACCAUAUCAGUGCUCACAGUGUGGGAAAAGUUUUAAUGAGCAAAGUCAUCUCAAAAUACACCAGCGCAUUCACACUGGAGAGAAACCGUAUCCGUGCUCACAGUGUGGGAAGAGUUUUAUUCGCCAGAGUUAUCUCAAAGAACACCAGCACAUUCACACUGGAGAGAAACCGUAUCAGUGCUCACAGUGUGAGAAGAGUUUUAAUCGCCAGAGUGCUCUCAAAAUACACCAGCGCAUUCACACUGGUGAGAAACCGUAUCAGUGCUCAGAGUGUGGAAAGAGUUUUAGUUAUCAGAAUAAUUUCAAAAUACAUCAGCGCAUUCACACUGGAGAGAAACCAUAUCAGUGCUCACAGUGUGAGAAGAGUUUUACUUAUCAGAGUGAUUUCAAAAUACACCAGCGCAUUCACACUGGAGGGAAACCAUAUCAGUGCUCACAGUGUGGGAAGGGUUUUAUUAAACAGAUUCAUCUCAAAGAACACCAGCGCAUUCACACCGGAGAAAAACCGUAUCAGUGUUCACAAUGCGGAAAGAGUUUUAAUCAUCAGGGUGCUCUCAAAAUACACCAGCGCAUUCACACCGGAGAGAAACCAUAUCAGUGUUCACUGUGUGGAAAUAGUUUUAGUAGACAGAGUGAGCUCAAAAUACACCAGCACAUUCACACUGGAGAGAAACCGUAUCAGUGUUCACAAUGUGGGAAGAGUUUUGAUCGAUUUAGUAAUCUUAAAAUACACCAGCGCAUUCACACUGGAGAGAAACCCUAUCAGUGCUCACAAUGUGGUAAGAGUUUUACUCAACAGAGUAAUCUUAAAACCCAUCAGCGCAUUCACACUGGAGAGAAACCCUAUCAGUGCUCACAGUGUGGGAAAAGUUUUAAUGGACUGAGUGUUUUUAAAGUACACCAGCGCGUUCACACAGGAGAGAAACCAUAUCACUGCUCACAGUGUGGGAACAGUUUUAAUCGCCGGAGUCAUCUCAAAAAACAUCAGUGCAUUCCCACUGGAGAGAAAUCGCAUUAGUGCUCACAGUGUGGGAAUUGCUUUGCUCAUGUAUCAGCCCUUAAACAUAACUUUUUACACUGAUUUUUGCAUGUUUGCAUUACAUAUACAAGAGUAAUGUUAAAGUUUAUAGUUAUUUAAUAUGAUUGUAGUGGUAAAAAAAAUGAAGAUGUCAUUGUAUUUUAUAAAUGUUAAUGAUUUGUUUGUAUUAGUUCUCUAUGAA